AUGAAGGCUGUGCAGGGGAAUGGCACUGCCACACGCGCUUCCUAUAUCUCACAUAAACACAUCAUACAUAAGCUAGUCCCCAAGAAUGGAACUCCCGCAUUCGGCUAUCUGGUUCUGCUGUCCUCAGGGCCAAAUGAAUGCUAUGGAAUCCCACAGAACCAUCAGGCGCUACACUCGUGGUCAAAUUACAUUGAAGAACGCCCCUUAAUAGCUCUGACCGGCUAUACUGGCCAAGCUACACACACGCCUCGAGCUCUCUUCACCGAGCUGAUCUACACCAUACUCAGGCCUAGGCUGCCAUUGGCGCGGUUAGCAGGAAACCGUGAUUCAAAGUUUUCACUGUUGCCCCAAGAGGCGGAUGAGAGUCCGGAGCGCAUAGAUUUUCUUUUGUCAACCAUCCGCAAGAGCAUAAAGCUUUACAGACAGCAUUAUGCUGCGCCUGAACACCAAGCAUUGUGGGAUUCAUUGUUGAAAAUGGUGGAUACCAUCGCCAUUUUCAUUCGUGCUCAAAACGCGGGUGUGAUCAUCCGUUGUGAAGAAUUGGCUGCAUUCCUAACUGAGAUGAAUGGCGAUCAACGGGAGGAUGACCUGAUGGACGACGAUCAAUCGCUAGAUGAGGACACAGUGGACGGCGAUCAACGGGAGGACGAGGACGAAAUGGGCAGUGAUCGACUACAGGAUGGGGACACAAUGGGCGGUGACCCAUUGCAGGAUGUGGAUAGCGAUCCACUGCAGGAUACGGACACAGUGGAUAGUGAUCAACCGCAAGAUAAGGGAGAACACGGGAACCGCUCGUUCUCGUUCGCGCCCCGACGGCGAUGGGAUUCCACGAAUAACAACACACCUCAUCCGAAGUACGUCACUGAAUUACUGACUGGGAUACUCCGUGGGCUGGGGGAGCCUGCCAACAUUUCUCGCAUCCAGAAGAGGACAUCGGACGAUGUUUUGCGGGGAGAAACCGCUUCUGUCCCAUGGCGGCGUAGCUCCGUCUGGCUCGUUGUUCGCGUCGCGUUGCAGACUACGAUUCAUCGAGGCACCUCGAACAUGAAGGAAUACAAGUCUUUCAUGGUGCUCCUUCUGGCCGAGAUUCUGCGGAGCGGUGUUGAGAACUGUUUACCGGGACAUAUCCUUUAUUGCAUGCGGACCAAACUUAGCCGCCGACUCUUUAAAGUCCGACCAUGGGCAGCCCCGUCUCUAAUCACAUUUGUCCACGAGGUUGUGCUUGAUACGGAAGGACUGCUCCAAGAUCGAUGGAGGAGCAUUCAAGACACGCAGAUGCGAGCACCUCAGUGGGCACCAGACGAGCUAGAUGUUAUUGGGGACACUAGCCUCAACUUGAAAAAUUGCAGUCUGCCAGCAGCUGUAGAAGCAAAUGGAUUUGUUGCGCUUUGGGAUUUUGAGCGUUGCGUAAAAGAUCGCAUUGACGAAUGGGUAUCUCGGCAAAUCUCCGACCAGAACUACGAAAGUGCUUGCGGCUUAAUCCCUCGUUACAUGACGACAUACGCCAAAGAGGCCGGGAAACUGUACAGAGGGGCACCAGCGGAACAGUCCAUUAUGCUCCUCACGCUUUUUGAGUUGUGGAUGGCACUCGACAUUUUGGCAAUAACUAGCUGUCCCCUCUUGAAGGAUUAUUCGCCUGAGGUUCCACUGACUCUAUAUGAGAGCCUCCUGCUAUCGAAAUCCGAGUCGUUGGCACGCAUCUCGAAGAUCCAGACCUACCUGCGCAAGCGCUAUCACGAAGCUGGAAUUGUCGAUGAGGAAACUUUCGCAGUCAAAUUUUUCGAGUCUUCUCCAUCACUCCAGAAUCUCAAGUGCACCAUAGAGGAACAAGCGGGGACGAGCGAAAAACUUUACGAGCUUCACUUGCUAGAUCUAGAAUAUAGGAAAAUGAUGAAACAAGCAGGCUUUCACACUGUAGGCCGCAUUGGGUUGUGGCACGACCGGGAAGACUGCAGAAAAUGCUAUUACAAAUGGCGGGCAAGAGUCCUGAAGACAGUCAUUCGCGAAUGGCCUCUACCAAAAGACCCGGUGCGAGCCAAAAUCUUUGUAUUUGAACGAGCAGUUCCUGAGGUCUUCAGGGCUUGGAGGGAGACAACUUAUUGGCUUCUCUGUGACAUCUGUGCGCCGGAAAGAGAACGACGACUCAUGAGGCGGGAAUUGUAUGCCCGCCGUGACCUGAGUCGCGUUCCGAAUCCCCAGCACCGAAUAUCGCUGGUACCGGAGUUGAGAAUUCUAGACAACCAAGGCAAUUUUCAUCGCCUUCGGUUCGUUGCGCGCUGGGCCAGGUUGCAGUGGUACAAUAUUGCCCGAGAGAUCUCUUCUGAAAAUCUGAGUUUUCAGUGUGAGGAGGUUUGUGGCCUCAUCUCUCGGGCUGUGUGGCAAAUUGGAUGUCUUUCUAGCGAUGGUGUUUGGGAACACCACCAGGUUUUACAAGAGGCGCCAUUCGGCGAUGCGUUAUUGGAUGUCCUUGAACAGCUGAGGACAGAUAUAGAAGGGGACUGGCGCCAGGGUAUCACAGCACUGACCAUCACUACGCUAGCUUCUCGACUGCUGGCCUCGGCUGUGGCGCCACCGAUCAUCAACAAAACGUAUAAGAUACUUCGAAAGAUACGAGACACCACUCUGAGCUGGUUGCACGAACUUAUGGCACUUGAAUCGCACGCCGAAACCGAAGCCGAACGGGAAAAAUAUCAAGGAGAAAUAUGUCCUUUGGCUGCGAUUUGUAGGAGCUCAUUUGAUGUCGAUGUCCACCAUGCUGGGUCACUGCUUCGAAGCCCGGAAGAUGUCGCCAUAUUCAUCGAAUGUGCCAUCAUUCUUUAUAGCCAUUCCCCCCAAGAAACCCUCACUGAUCCAGACCCUCAUUUACGUCUGUUACUCCUCCGAGAUAACCGCCUGUCCUGCAGUAUGGAAGAACUCAUUUUUACCCUCAUUCAAGAAAGGGCAAACAUGCUGGGCGUCAAUAAAGCAAUAUCAAGCGUUUGGAGUGCCAUCGAUCCGACAUGCUGCUGGACAAGGUUACCAAAACCCAAUGAUCGUUGGUUGACUACUGCCGUAAACAGCCAAAGGGCUCAAAAUGUUUAUUUCAACGUAUUGAGUGGCGCUUUGCUCAUUGAUGGAAAACCACCUGGUCGUGCGGAACUAUUCUUCAUCCAUAAUAAGGCCCGCCAAUUCACAGCCCGUUUGCAGAGAAAUCCGGACGCUGUUCCAUCGGACAUUGAAAACAUGGACUAUGUUACCAAAGCUCAUAUAUCUUACAACUCUCAACUCAAGACCAAAGAUGUGGAUGAGAUGCACUUUGGGUGGCGAGAUGGAAGACUCAUUCUACGAAGUAGAAGCCCUAUGCUUGACGGAAAGAGCUAUCGGGUCCUAGAAUUGUUACCACGUGAAAUCUUUCAAGGCGAUCUCCCACCUAGUCUGGUCGACGAUUAUUCUCAUUGGAUGGAGUUAUCGACUUGUCAGAUCGAGCUACGGCCUAAGGAGACACCCUGGACAUCCUCCCGAUCGAAUUGGCACCUCCGUCGUACUGCAUGCUCCACAUGGGUCAUGGAUAAAGGGUCCUCUGUCAGACUAGUUGACUGUCAGAGCCACACGGCGGAGAUGAUUUGUGCCAUGCUUCGUCCACUUGAACCUGACAAUAAUAUUCUUAUCACAUUGGCGAGGUCGCCGGUGCGAGAACUGCGUGUCGAUCUUCCUCGGUUUCAGCUCUCCUUCACCUUGAAGGGCGGAAAACUUCGUUCAUUAAACUUUCCGGGUUUUGAAGUAGAUAGUAAUCAAUCAACAGGCACAAUGCUGGGCCUCCGCAGUCAGCUGGUUCUGCGCCGGAGCGCUCCUGGCGUGAAGCUCAAUUGUUCGAGGCGCGUCAUAAUUCCGACGGGGAAAGUAACUAUCACAAGUGAUGGUGACCACGUCACUGUUGCGAUUGAUAACUCGGGAUUGUCAUGCGUCAAAUAUUGUGAUUAUGACGUCGAUGUCCUACUGGGUCGUCUGGUUGGAGAUGGGAGCUUGUUCAGCACCUUAUUCCAGUCAUUCCUUCACGCUGUGACUAGUUACUCCCUGCCUGAUCCUCUUACGUCAUUGUCAGGAGUCGAGGAAGCGAUCCAAAUCCUUCGAUCAGCACGUUGCAAAUCGUUUCAAAGCCUUGAUAACCAGGAAUGUCAGCUUCUGCAUCAGCUAUCGGCGUUAACGCCAUCAAGGUUCUGGACGUGGGAAGGGGGGCAACAAAUUAACUGGAACGAAACACUUAGCCGCUUACCCAACACGGUGCUUUCUGGGUUGAGGCCCAAUCUAUUUUCAAAUGGAAUAACGAAAUGGUUGUCUUUGGUCCCUCCGCCUGUCCCGGAAGCGGUCGGGGAGACUUUAAUCUGCUUUCCCGUGCUAGAUGCCACAAUGCAGUCUGGUACGGCCCUGAUCUUCCACGGGGCAUGCGGGGUGAAGACCUUGGUGUAUCGUUGUCCACGUCGGUUGAAGACCCCCAAUGAUCUUUUGUCUCACGUGGAAUCGUGGACCCACGACAUCAGAGGCUCUUCCCCCAAUCACUUGUCGGAUGUGCGUUUGGGAUUUAACAAGGAAUGGCUGCCCUUGGAUAUGCCAGGCAAAUGGAUUCCUUUGUACAAUGUGUGUCGAACGGAGGGAUGGGGAAACCGUACUCGUUUCAAAAUGUUGUUUAGUCUUUCGGCACUGGGCUACUCUACUGAUCGAGGCGAGGAUUUGGUCCCUGCUUUACUUGCAUUCGCACGCUACCCCGAGUUUCGUUCCAUUGAUCCGCCGUUGUGGCCUGAAUACAAUUUGCGCAUGGGCUACAGACCAAAUGCACCCAAACUCUAUAACGACAUUACGGCAUGGAUCCGUCCAGGCGAAGUUGGUCUCCGAGCAUAUUCUCAAGUUUCUUUUCUUGUCAAACAUUUAAUCGAUCAGUGGGAUCAUGAACCCACAAGAGCACCAACGUUACCAAGUCCGCCGGAUGGUAAUGUGUGGCUGAUCGACACCUUUCGCGCCAUGGUCAAUGUGACUGAGUUGUUUGAACAGUGGUUUAGAAACUUGGAAUUACGCCAGCACAUUCGGGCAGUUCAGACGGGAUUGGACACACACCAGACUUGGAAUUCAGAUGCUCCGGUUCUACCGAUAUAUUCGUUUUCGACCUCCUUGCAACUUGCAAAAGCGAAUCCGUCUAUUAAAUAUGCGGUUGAUCUCGAGGCUAGCUACAAUGCAUUGCAUGGCGACACACAGAUUAGCGUGGAGCAAGUAGAAACCCUUCGAGAAGAGCUUUACCGCGAUCACCAGAUGUACCAAUCUCACCUCUCUCAUGUGUUAGGGAAAAUCGGAGGGGCGCUCAACCCAGAUCCUCAGUCAGAGCGAGUACAGGAGGUUAUGCGGGUUGCAGGACUAUGGCCGAAGAGCACCACUCGUUCUUUACUGCACCACCUAUCAUUCUCAUCCCGUUCAAAAGUUAAAUUAUCCCCCGAAUGGAGGAACGUCCUCGUUUGCCUCGCCCAGUCCAUACUGCUUUGGCAGCGAUCGGAGAGAUUGAUGAGAUUAGGACCCAAAUCCGAUGAGUUUCUGAAGGAAUGUUCGAGUUAUCCUGAUCUGCAUGACGUCUCUGACGACUGGCUACUUGUCCAGAUUGACUCCAACUUCCUUGCGCGCCCUCUUCAAGUUGAUGUUGCGCGUAACAUGAUGUUUCCUCGCUCACAAGGCAAUACCAUCCUUCAACUCAAUAUGGGGGAGGGAAAAUCAAUCAUCGUGCCAAAGCCCUUAGCAAAUCAAACAUUCCAGUCACUGGUUCAACGCUUGAGCGGCUUAGCGAAUCGGCGAAUAUAUUGCAUGCCGUUUUCCCGUGCUAUCGCAGUGAAGCCGGAUGCUUUUCAAAGGAUCUACCAUCAAUGCAUGAAUGUUGGUGGCAUACUGGUUAUGCAGCCUGAACACGUCCUAUCGUUCAAACUCACGGGCGUUGAACGACAGCUCUCAUCGGCUAGGCGCAAGGGGACUCCGACUCCAAAUGCAAUGCUGGAGCUACAGCGAUGGCUGGACGCAAACGUUAGGGACAUUUUGGACGAGAGUGACGAGAUUCUGGCGGUCAAGUGUCAACUUGUGUACACAGUUGGCACUCAGCAGCCCCUAGGUCCUCAGCCUGUCAGAUGGACUACGGUGCAGCAUGUGUUUUCCAUCCUGCGUAGUAGGGGCGGGCUUCUUAAUCAGCUGGCUUCUCAAGGGGGUCUCGAGCUCGAGCAACGAGACGGAUACUUCCCUCGACUUCGCAUUCUCAGACACGAAGCUGGCGUCCAAAUUUUGAAAUCUCUUUUACAAGGAAUAAUGCAAGGGGAGUCUCCUGAUCUACCUCCGUUCAGGCUAUUUCAUGGAGGGGUACGACGAGAAGCAGAGGCUUUCAUCGCCCAAAGGGAUCCUGGAACACUUCCUGAAUUGCGAAAUCACUGUCGCAGUGACAACCGUCUAUGGAGCAUUCUGCUCCUGCUGAGAGGCCUUUUUGCGCAUGGGAUACUUAUGUACAUUCUCAGUGGACGUAGGUGGCGAGUAGACUAUGGGCUUGACCUAACGCGGUCACUUCUCGCCGUGCCCUAUCGUGCAAAGGACGUGCCUGCACUGAGAGCAGAAUUCAGUCACCCGGACGUCUGCAUCUCUCUGACAUACCUCAGCUACUACUAUUGCGGAUUGUCUUACGAUCAGCUUGAUAUGUGUUUCGAGCAUAUCGACGAACUAGAAGAUCCUAUAUCGGAAUAUCGCAAGUGGGUUGAGGAUAAUUGCUUGGUGCCAGACUUUCUCCGCAAUUACAGUAGUUUCAACCCGGAUGACCGCGAACAAAAGAUCCAGCAUCUCUAUCCAGCUUUCGAAAGGAACCCGUCGACGAUCAACUUCUUCCUCUGUCAGGUAGUUUUUCCGAAAGAAGCCAAGACAUUUCCUCAAAAACUCUCCACAUCGGGUUGGGACAUCGCCGAACGAAGGCAACACGUAACGACGGGUUUCAGUGGUACCAAUGACAACCGCUAUCUUCUCCCCACUUCUAUUCAACAGGACGACAUCCCUGCGCAAUUGGGUACAAAUGCUAAGGUAUUGAAUUUGAUGUUGCAGCCUGAGAACGAUCACUACCGAAGUGUGGCCAGUAGCGAGCUUCUGGACGUCGUCGUCGGGGAAACUCCUCAAAUACGAGUUUUGUUGGAUGUGGGCGCCCAGAUGUUGGAAUACUCUAAUAAGGAAUUGACAUCGAUAUGGCUUUCGCAAGUCUCGGCAGUAGAUGUAGAUGCUGCGAUCUUCUUCUCCGAAGAUGACGAAAUCUUCGUCAUUAGGCGUGAUGGGGCAACGGAACCAUUCAUUUCUUCAUCGUACAGAUACCAGCUUGAUCGUUGUCUCGUGUACCUGGACGAUUCCCACACAAGAGGCACCGACUUGAAAUUGCCUGCCGAUUAUCGUGCGGCAGUUACAUUAGGUCCGAAAGUGACAAAGGAUAGACUAGUCCAAGGAUGUAUGCGAAUGCGCGGGUUGGGUAAGGGACAAUCUGUCCUUUUUCUCGCCCCUCCUGAUGUGGAUCGCAAAAUCCGCAAGUUCUCGAAAAAGAUCCAUGGAGAACGAAUCGGUGUAUACGACGUUCUUUCCUGGUCCAUCAGGGAGACGUGUGCCGGCCUACGGCGUUAUAGUUGUGACUGGAGAGAGCAAGGCAUUCAUUACAUCGAUAGGCAAUGCGCAUGCGAAGAAUUUUGGACACCCUCCAUCCCUCGCACCUCGUUGUUAGCAAAAUGGGAAGAGUUUUGGACAUCUUUCAUCCCCCGCACCUCAGUGUUAGCAAAAUAUUGGUUGAGACCCGAGUUGAAGUCUCUCGAGGAGAUGUAUGGGGCACCAUCGACCUCCAGGCCACUCGAACAGGAAUUGUCUCAUCCCGCAGCCGAUUGUCGCGAGAUCAAGCAGAGGAGUGAGAUUUUUUCAACCUCCACAGAGAGUUGGCUGGUGAAAAUGGCAGAAGAACAGGAACGCGAAGUGACCCACGAGCCUGAGCGCGAGCCGGAGGCUGAGGAGUCACCACCACCACCUUUACGGCCUGCACGCCAUCGCCUCCAUCCUGGUGUCGUAUCAUUCGUGCGCGAUGGUCAAAUCCCACCAUUUUCUCGUGCUUUCAUCUCUCUCUUUUCUUCAAUCACAAUCCUCCCUCGGUCUCAGCAAUGCACCAAGUGGUCACGCAACCUUCUUGCAACGAGCGACUUCGUCACCACAACCAAGGGUUCGAAUGCACGGAAAGGCAACGAGUUUCUUCGGCCUGUGAACUGGAUACUGUCUAGUAUUCACGGAUCGAUGCUCGUGCGGCAACGUCAGGUUGCACGUGUACUCUCCAAGAACGAGUCAGCCGAUGAGAUCCUUCGAUGA